ACAUCAACUGAUUGGUGUUCCAACUGAUUGGUUUGGCAGUCAACGCCUCAACAAUGGAGACUUUUCUGCUUCCUCCGCGCGCGCGCGAGUCGCGAAGCGUUUUUUUUCCUCAGACGUGCCACAGUUCGGUGCGGCUGGCUAUCUCCGCGGGUUCGAGUGUUGACAGCGGUAGACCAGCUGACUAAACGGCCUACAUGGGCCACUUAACCGCGCACGAGUAGGUCAGCUGCCCAAAGCCCCGCCGCCGUUUCUCGUCGAUCUUCGCCCCCGUACACGUGAGGAUGGAUCCGACGGAAGCCCUGCCCGACGACGCGCUCGCCAACAUCCUCCGCCGCCUCGAGCCCUGCGAACUCGCCGCCUCCCGCUGCGUGCGCAAGGCGUGGUGCGCCGUCAUCGACGCCCAUGGUCUGAUGCGCCCGCACAUCCUCCCGAGCUCGGUGCGCGGUCUGUUCGUCAACUACAUCGACUACGAGCGCCCACGCUUCUUCGCCCGCCCCACCACGAAGCGGCCCGCGAUCAACGGCGACCUUGGCUUCUUGCCUGGGUACAACGGGGGUUUUGACCCAAUCGUGGAUCACUGCAACGGCCUCCUUAUCUACGGUACUGGGUGGAGGGAGUUCUUCGUCGUUAACCCCGCCACGAGACGGUGGGAACGUCUACCCCACCUUGAUGCAUGCAACUACAAUGCUUACCUCGCCUUUGAUCCUGCUGUCUCGCUGCACUAUCAAGUGUUCGCGAUUCCAAUGGUGCCCGACAAGAAGCCUUUCUCGAAGCCUAAAAUGCCAAGUCAAGAACCAUAUUGUCUCCUUGAGUUGUUCUCGUUGCUGGAGGAUGCUUCGGCACUCGAGAGCUUUGAAGAGGAGUGCAAAGAUGGACCGUCAGAAUUGUCAACGGAACAAACCAUUGAAGAGGGCGACGACUUACCAGCGAUAAUCACACCGUCACCACCAAUCGAGUGUAGUGGAAAGCAAGAUGAUUCAGAUGACUUGGUGGAAUGGCCACCAUCCUCAUGGACACUAGACGUGUUCUCCUCUAGUACAAAACAAUGGCAAAAGAGGACGUUUGUGCGUGAAGGUGAGGCUUUGGAGACACUGGCCUCCGUGCGACUAGAUAGGCUGGAACCAACAAGCUGGGGUCCCAGGUGGCGCUACACUGUGUAUUGGGGAGGAUCACUCUAUGUUCAUUGUCGUGGUGCAUUUGUUGUGAGGUAUAGAUCGUUGUUAUUACAAGAUGGAAAGUACCAACUAGUCAAAAUGCCAAUAGAUAUCGAGGAAAGCAAACAUGCAGAACCUUAUCUUGGGAAAUCGGAAAAGGGGGUUUACUUUGCAUCAAUUCAGCAGCAUGGAUAUCAACUUCGGAUUUGGAUUCUCAACGAAUCAGGUGGUCACAUGUCUUGGGGGCUAAAGCAUCACAUUGAUCUUAGUCCAUGUGCAACGAUAUAUUUCGACCAGCCUAAGGGAAUAGAAAAAACUUGGUUCUUAUAUGGCGAUGAUAAUGAUGAAGGUGGAACCAAUAAAAUGCUUGUAGAUGAGAAUUGGGAAUGGAACUCUGAAGACGAUAAUGUUUUGAAUAUUGAAGAUGAUUACGAAGAAUACUACAGCUAUGUUUCUAUCCUUGGAUUUCACCCAUAUAAAGAGAUUAUUUUCUUAGAUGUAUCAUCAUUUAAAGGAGUGGCUUAUCAUCUGAAUAGCUCGAAAGUCCAGUACCUUGGAAAACUACGCCCAAAGGAUUAUACUCACUUACCUACAAAUGGCAUAUAUGAAUCAUUUCCGUACACCCCUUGCAUGGUUGGGGAGCUUUCAGAAAGUGCUUGACAUUAUUUCUUCACUGGCUGGAUUGGAAUCAGGAG